AUGGCCGAGCAGCCCUGGCGCCGCGGGCUGAAACUCGCUCCAGGGGCGCUGCCUGGCCUGCCUCCAGGCUUCAAUCCCUUUCAGACCGGGGAGGCCCUCAGAGCGGAGUACAUCAGGAUGGGGCUGCUGCCUGCGCGCAAGGACCUGGUGUUGCCCCCAGAGGGCGACGAGGAUGUGGACCCCAGCUCGGCGGCGGCGGCGGCGGCAGGCGCGGCGCCGCCCACCGCGGAGCAGCUUGCGGCGGCAGAGGCGGCGGUGGCGGAGCAGGGGGCGCUGGUCAGGAGCCUGAAAGAGGAGCAGGGCUUGGGCAACAACAGCGCGGAGGUGGCGGCGGCGGUGGCGGCGCUGCUGGACCUCAAGGCGCAGCUGGCGGCGCUGCAGGCGGCGGCGGCGGCGGCGGGCGAGGCGGCCGCGGCGGCAGAGCAGGCGGGCAGCGAAGUCCUGUCAGACUCCGCCAGCCCAGAGGUGCCGCAUGAAGCGGCGCUUCAUGAGAAGGACUGGAUCUAUCUCCAGAGCGGCGAUCCGAUGACGUUUAACACGUCGGCGCGGGCCCUUGCCGGUGCAGACAGCUCGAAGAGCAAGCGGAAGCAGCCGGCGGCCACCUCCUCGCUGGUGGAGCUGUCCUCCCUGAUGGAGGGCCACCCCGACGAACAGCCCGGCUGGCGCCCACGCCCGCCCAUGGUGCAGACGCUGAAAGGCAGCGCCAAGUCCGACCGCACCACAGUUCAGCUGCAGCCCCAGCCCACAGGUCCCAACGGCGAGCUCGAGUACGCUGUAGAGGCGUUUGUGGCGCGUCGUACGGUGGACGGCUGCCUGCAGUACCUGGUAAAGUGCCAAGGGUAUGAGCUGCUGGGGGAGGAGCCAGCCUACUCGUGGCAGUGGGCAUCUGUGCUGGCGGAAUGCAUGGAUCAGGGGUCGUACCGCCGCAUGGUACAGGGGUGGAGGCAGGCGCAGCCGGCAGGGGCAAGCAACAGCACCAGCGCCAGCCGACGCAGCAGCAACACCGGCCGCAGCAGCAGGGGGCGCCAGGCGCCGGAGGCUUUGCUGCUAGACCUACGGGAGGACGCAGGUACCAACAUUGAUGCCUACCUAUUCACCGAGACCUGGCUUCGUGGCGACCCCCCGCGCCUGCCUGGACUGCAGCGUGCCUUUGGCGCGCCGCGCCCGGACGGCAGGGGCGGGGUGGCAGGAUAUGUGGCGGACAGCUUGCAGUGUCGGGCAGCGGUAUGGCGCAGCAGAGUGGAGGAUGGGGUGUUGUGGCUGCGACUGAGCAACGUGCAUGGGCUGCUGGGUGACUUGCUGGUGGCGGUGUGCUACCUCCCACCUGGCCUGAGCACUGCCACGGCAACGGCCUGGUUUGACACCCUUGCUGAUGAGAGCGCGCAGGCCAUGACUGCGGGAUUGGUGCUCGUGGGCGGCGACUUCAUUGGGCGCACAGCGGAGGAGCCCGAUGCUGCUGACGGCAGUACUGCGCCACUCCGGCGGUCAGCAUACCCCGAGUUGGCUGGGCAUGGCAGGGCGUUGCUGCAGUUUUGCCACACCACGGGCCUGCUCAUGUGCAAUGGGCGGGUGGCAGGGGAUGUGCCGGCGCAGCCCACCAGCAGGGGGCGGCGGGGGGAUGCACAGGCUGUGGUGGAUUAUUUCUUGGCGUGCCCGCGGCUCCUAUCCCUAGUGCGCUCGCUCCGUGUAGUGCCGGUCCCACCGGGCGGCGGUGACCACUACCACUUGCGCCUAGACAUCUCCCUCACACCGCAGGACGUGGCGCCUCCCCCCCCACCGCCGCCCCCACCUGACGCGCUGCCGCCGGACUACACCAUCACCGACGCCCUCCUACCCCAGGUGGAGGCAUUCAUGCAACUGGAAGCAACUGUUGCUGAAAUGCAAAUCCUCAGCGACGAUCCCUCUGCCUUCUUCGCCCGCUUCCGCACCCCGCGUGCACGCGCUUCGGCGCUCAUCCCCAGGGCUGCUUGGCUGCAGCACUUCCGCAGCCUGCUUGGCGAACCGCCGCCUCCGCUGCCUGUGCCGCCGCCGCUGCCUGUUGGGGCUGGCCUGCAAGAGGGCAGCCAGGGGCCAGCAGCCACACCAACUACAGCCAGCCAGCCUGCUGCCGCUAUCACUGAGGCUGCCGCUGCGCUCCAAGCCCCCUUCUCCGCUGCAGAGGUCGACGCUGCCAUUGACCGCACCCGGAACCGCGCUGCUGUGAUAGGCCCGCUGAAGCCGCCUGUGCUGAAGCGGGUCAGAGCCGUGAUGGCACCAGUACUGGCGGACCUCUUCAAUGCAUGCGCUCGUGUUAAGGUUAAGGUGGGGAAGAGCCUCCACAGGCUUAACUUCCCGGUUUCAACGUCUAGCUUUAGACCAUUAUUUGAUCUGCCCGAAACGCCAAGUGCAGUACCCCCCACUAGUAGUGAAUGGGUCCCGGGGAGGCCUGUGCCGAAGCCUUGGCGAUUCUAUUAG